AUGUCCUCCUACGCUGUCUUAGGCGCCACUGGUAACGUUGGACAAGCUUUGCUCAAAGUCCUUCUCCAGUCGCCCGACAGCCAGAUCCACGCCUACUGCCGCUCUAAGCAGAAGCUCACGAAGCUAUCGCCCGGCAUUACCGAAAACAAACAAGUGAACGUCUUCGAAGGCAAUCUAGACGACAUCGAGCUGCUGGUCAACUGUCUCAGCGGCACUCGCGCAGUCUUCCUCGCUGUUGCGCAGACCGAAAACCAACCCGGCUGUACUAUCGCUCAAGACACCGCACACGUAGUUGUCUCGGCGCUCGAGCGACUUGAGAGCAAGAAUGAGCGCCUACCAAAGCUCAUCGUCCUUUCAUCCGCGUCCCUGGAUCACCGACUCAUGUCCGAUUCGCCCAAGUUUUUACUCAAUACACUCUACCGUGCUUUUUCAAACAUUUACGACGACCUUCAGGAAGCCGAGAAGUUCCUUCGCUUAAAGGACUCUCUUGUUACGGCUACCUUCGUGAGGCCUGGCGCCUUGUGUUCCGACAUGCAGAAAGGCCACGUCGUGAGUAUGGAGUCUGCUAAGAUGCCGCUUUCGUUCCUGGAUCUCGCUGCUGGCAUGGUUGAAGUUGCGGAGGAAGAUGGCGACCGAUACGAUAUGAAAGGCGUCACUGUAAGUCCUACGGCGAAGGAUGUCUCCUUCCCGUGGGACGCGCCUCUGGGUUUAUUGAGAGGGCUUCUUUUCCAUUUCUUGCCAUGGACUUACCGAUUCCUGGGGUGA